UGAAUGAGUUCAUUCAUUGAUUGUGCUAGCUAACCUUAUCACAUCUUAAUUAUAGCACUUCCUCCUGCAAAGAACCCAACAGUUUGGUAUAUUACAUUCUGGAUAGAGACUGUUACUAUCAAUUCUGGGAUUCCUGGUCUUUUGGCCACACUUAUUUCUUGUGGCUUACUCUAUAUUAUUUAUUCUAUUCAAAUGUGAUGUUAGUAAUAUUUCAACAUCAUUACUUUAAUGCAACCAUCUAUUUUAUGGAUAAUUAAUUAGAACUCUGUGCUAUAAUUUUCCUUUUAGUCAUAGUCUCAUUCUGGUUGCCUGUGUAACUGAUGUGGGCAUGCCUCUUAUCAGAUAAGUUUUGAAUAAAAAGCUUCUGUAAGCACCUGGGCACCAGGUCAGAAAAUUUCUCCAGGCUUGCCUUCCUGUCAUCUGUCUUAAAGGGCCUCAUGAAUUUAUUCCCCUUUUCUGGACCUGAUUAUCAUUUUAUCUUAGCUCCUUUUUCUUGCCUAUUUCUAUUUGGACUUGGCAGUAGGACUUUGUCCUGUACCUUGAUGCUGGUUUGGUAACAUAUGUAGCUGCAUCCAGGAUUAUAUCUUGGUUUCAUUCAACUGCUAGAGUAGGUAAGAGAUGCUAUAUUCUUGCAUUCACCUAUGACCCUCCAUAAUAUCCUUUGCCAGGGAUAUUGUGCCAUAUCCCAUCUGAGCAAGUACAGAGAAAUCCAGCAAUGAGAUGCCUAGCUAUUUGGCUCAUAAAGUUACAAUUAAUGUAUUACGGUGUAUCUCAUUCCAGGGUACCUGGACUGACAGUUAAGUGCCUAAGAGAAAACAGCCACAUGUGAUCUAAAUAUAAACCCAGAUUUAUAAAGGAAACACCCACAAGGGCUGACUUAAUUUUUUCUAAGAAAAACUAGAACACAGCAAAUGAUUAUGGCACAAAUCUAUGUAUGUAGAUAGAGAAUGCAAAACAAAGGAACCAUCAUGAAAGGAUGGGAUUAAUUGAGAAAGGUUUCCUCAGGGAGGUAUUGGGUCUUUGAUCUUGAUCUAUUAGAUCACUGUAAAUCACUAUAGGUGCCAAAGUGAAAGAGCGGCAUUGGCAUGGCCAGAAUUACAGUUGGAGAAACUGGUUGUGGCAGCAACAGAUUAGACAGGGGAGAGAAAUUAGGAUCUCGUCAUCCAUGAUUAUGUGGCUAGGAGGUGGGUGGGUAGGAGUGAGGAAUGAGGAUUUCCACCAUAUUCUGGUGUAUUUAGGAAGAAACACUUUACUGUGAAGCAGUGACAGAAACACGGUUGGACUAGAGCUCUCCGAUUUGGAUUCUUAGUUUUUGGAGCCUGCUGUGACUCCUCCCUCUCGCCCUUCUGCUCUUGGAGUGACUCCUGGGAUCACCUAGGCUUGUUGUAAUUAGACAUUUCUAAGGAGAAUAGGAUACAAAUGAAGAAAUAGUAAUGCAAUCCUCGGAAGAUUUGCAUCUCAGUAAAAGCAGCUGGCCCUUAGAUCAUGGAUGGCUCAUUUGCCACGCUGGGGAAAAAUUAAAAAGGAGAUGUCUUUCCUGGCUGGAUAUUGGCAUCUGCUUGUACAUUUCGGUAUUUCUCCUGCCUCCACUAUCAGCACCAUAACUGCUGACUCCUCAAUGAGUAAAGAUGCAGGAGUUACUUUAUUUAUCUGCCACUGUUGCCUCACUUAUUUUAAAUUUUGUAGGAAUCAUUAUGAGUCUGUUUAUUACAGUGGUCAGUUGCAAAACUUGGGUCAAAAGCCACAGAAUCUCCUCUUCUGAUAGGAUCCUGUUCAGCUUGGGCAUCACCAGGUUUCUUCUGCUGGGACUACUUCUGCUGAACACCAUCUACGUCAUGUCUUCAAAUACUGGAAGGUCAGUCUACCUGUCCGCCUUUUUUCUGUUGUGUUGGAUGUUUUUGGACUCAACCAGUGUCUGGUUUGUGACCUUGCUCAACAGCUUGUACUGUGUGAAGAUUACUAACUUCCAACACUCAGUGUUUCUCCUGCUGAAGCGGAAUAUCUCCCCAAAGACUCCCAGGCUGCUGCUGGCCUCUGUGCUGAUUUCUGCUUUCACCACUUUCCUGUACAUCAUACUUAGCCUGACAUCACCUGUUCCUGAACUUGUGACUAAGAGAAAUGACACAUCAUUUAAUGUCAAUGAUGGCAUCUUGUCUUUAGCGGCCUCUUUCUUCUUGAGCUCAUUUCUCCAGUUCAUCAUUAAUGUGACUUCGGCUUCCUUGCUAAUAUACUCCUUGAGGAGGCAUAUACAGAAGAUGCAGAGAAAUGCCACUGGUUUCUGGAAUCCCCAGAUGGAAGCUCAUGUAGGUGCUAUGAAGCUGAUGAUCUAUUUCCUCAUCCUCUACAUUCCGUAUUCAGUUGCUACACUGCUCCAUUAUCUCCCCUUUUAUGUAGGGAUGGGUAUGGGGGCCAAAUUCAUUUGUGUGAUUUUUGCCACCCUUUACUCUCCAGGACAUUCUGUUCUCAUUAUUAUCACACAUCCUAAACUGAAAACAACAGCUAAGAAGAUUCUUUGUUUCAAAAAAUAGUGGAAUUUUAGUAAACAAUGCCUAGAUUCACCUGAUGGUUAAGGGGCAAGAUUUUCUGUUGGCAGUUUUCCCAGUAGUCUGAGGAAUUCAGUUUUGUGAUUGCUGAUCUGAUAUCCUAGGCUUUUCAGUGCCUAUAUUUCAGUUCAUUCUGUAAUAUUUUUUUUGAUAUGUAGGUAUUUUAAAAUAAGGCACAUUCUCUAAUAAACUUUUUUUAGGCAUUAUUUAUCAUGCAUUUUGCAUGGCCAUUGCAUCCGCAGAUAAUGGAAAUCACCACAAUGUUUCACUGUCUAUUAACGCAUAAUGGGAAAUUCUUCUGAAUUAGAGAAUACAUUGGGGUUCACAUGAGUUAAUGUUUGUGGUUUAGUUGAGGAGCCCUGAGUAAGGGCUCAGCAGUGGAUAGGUGGCCAGUGGGAGCCACUAGACUGACUGAAAGCAAAGGAAGGGGGUGCAGUGCAAAGAGAAAAGAAAAAAAGGAAGGUUUCAGAGAGAAAAGAAGGAAAGAGAAAGGUGAAAAGAAAUAGGUGUACACUGUGGGACAAGACAGAAAAAGUGUCCCCACACUUGCUGGAUAACAGUAACUGAGCUAUUCCUACCAAGAAACUCUAAGUUUGUAGACUUGUUCUGGGAAAGAGGAUAGUGCCAGAGUUGGUAAGUAGAGGGAAGUGAUUAGUAUUGAAGAAACUGAGUCCAGAAUAGUUCCAAAGAUCUUAAAAUCCAGGGUAGGCAGCCUAAGGUCAAAGGCAAGUACCAAAUAGUUAAAUUAACACCAUAUGAGUGGAAAUUUACAAAAUAUUGUACCUCACCAUAGGAUAUGGAAUUCAGUGGAAAGCCAAAGAAGCACUGGACAGGUAGUGGGAGUGCUUGACUUGGGUGAAUUUAUUUCAUCUGCGUCUACAUUUGUGCACAGCACAGUUCUUCUCCAGAAUGUUGUUUCUCGAGUUAGGACAAUAAGACUAUGGUUCCAGAAGAAAGAGGGUCUGAAGAUGGGGUGUUGACAGGUUUUGGAAUGUGAAUUGGGGAAUCAUGAUUUGUAUUUAGGAUUUUUUUGUGUUCAUAAAAUGCUUAUGUAAUAUUUAUACAUGUCUAAAUAAAUCUUAAAGUUUUGUAAAUUACCAGACUUUUCUUAUUCUGGCCACCAGAAUUUUGGCUGCAAUAUUCAGUAAAAACUACCAAAGCCAGUAUUUUGUGCUAUGACACCAAGAGGUAUUCAUCCUGUUAAAUCACAAGAGUAAUAGAUAAAAGGAUUACUGAGAGUGAUUAAAAGCACACUGUGUCUUAAGAACUCUAAAUGGGUGGCAGAAACCCUCAUUGGUCCCUCAGUAUCUGCUCUGUCUCCUCUCUUCCAUAGUAGUCAAAUUGUUAGCUAUUCAGAAUUUUGGCAGCAAAUUACAUUAUUGCAGAAAAGAUGUAUAUAGUUUCUAGGUGGUGCUUCAGAACAGUCCUGCUUUCCCUUCUUUUCUCUUUUCUUCUUUACCCCCUUUAUGAGCUGGAAUCUGAUGUCAGGAUUAUCUAUCUUGGACAGUGCAGAUGAGGUGAAUGCUUGGGAUAGUGGAGUAAUUCUCCAUCCUAGAGCUGGCUCCAUGGUUCUAGACACUGUGGACUUGUCAGUCUGGACUGCUCCAGCCUGAACUCCAGGACUGUUUAUGAGAAAUCAGUGUCUCCAUUCUUUCAGGUGCUGGGUUUUUGGUCUCUGUUACCUUAGUCAAAUAACCUAUGUUAUACUCUAAAUAUAUACUGUAUAUAUAAAGAAUAUA